AGGCUGUUGAAUAAAAGAGAUCCUAGAAAUCAUCAUUGCUUACCAUCGCCACACCCCACACCACACCACACCACAAACCACGAUAAUGCCCCGUUCACAAUCAGAACAUGGAGGUCCCAUUGGCACCUUGGUCCAUGGAAUCACCUCAGGCAUUGGUUUUGCAACCGAGGUUCAUGGAUAUAAGAAGGCAAGGAAAGCUGGCAAAGAGAAGCGGGUUCAAGAACAGCAAGUGCAGGAUUCACUAGAGGAACAAGAAUUAUCCCUAGAACAAUCCGAACAGCAAAAUGUAUCCCGUUCGGCCUCCCCUUUGCCUCCGCCAUACACAAAAAACGGUCUUAGCGAGAACCAGAAAACUCUAGCCGACUCAAACACUGCUCAGAAUGACCUUGAGUAUUCGUGGCAGCUCGACGAAGCGCAGGAGCAGGUCAUGAAGAGCCCCGAGUAUACGCCUAGGAAGAGCAAACAGGGAACUGCCAAUCCAGACAAAGUGGUUGCCGCCUUUCUUCUUCGUCGUCCUCCUCCUGAAGUUCCGCUGAGUCCCAAUACCGCACUUCCUUACCCGGUCGCGAUUCCUCAGCGCCGUCCCAAGGACAAGAAGCGCGGGUUCAUCCGCGCCUAUGCUCCCGACCUGGAAUCCGUAGGCAUUGACCAGGACACCUGGUUCGACAUGAUCGAGACAUUGAACGAAGCAAGCCUCGCCAAUCCGUGGAUCAAUGCCAUCAACCUGGCAUCGAUAGCGGCAACCCCGCUGCCCUUCGCAAUCUCCACGGCCAUAUCAGUGGCGAUCAUGGUUGCUACCGAUGUUGCAAUUGAGGCGCAGAGUCGGUAUCGACAAAACAAAGCCCUCGACAAGCUGAAUCAGGACUUCUUCCGACCGCGUGGGCUCUACUGCCUCGUAAUGACAUGGGACGCUACAGCCUCCGACGCCCGCACUAAUAUGGAUGUCAACAGCACCAUCCAAAAUAGGAUGGACGGCCAAGGGCGGAUGUCACAUCAGUUCCAGUUGUCGAGCGGCGUCACUAAUGGCAUCGAGUCAAUCCAGACGGCGGAGCUCGUCUUCCCGGGUCUUGACUUCCUCGCCAUGGCGUCCAAGGAUGAGCAAGCGGGCUUUAAGAAGAGGAUGGCGCGCGGAAAGCAGUUCCUCGAUGAUUACCUGGAUCGCCGGGCACAGGCCAAGUUUCUCGCCGAGAAUCCCGACAGCCAUCUCACCCAAGCUGGAAAGCCAACAUUUGCUUCGAAGUACAGCGAUCCUACGCAUCCGAUCCACAAUAGUCUGUCUGGGAGCGGGAUGAGAGGAGCUUUACAGCAGAGGUGUGGCUUGGGCGCCCGGGACGAAGUAGAACGCGGUUUAGGAGGACGACGAAGCGGUGGUGGUCUUCUCGGGCUGGUCAAUCUGGCUGCUUCCCAGGUGGCGGCCUAUCGCGAUCAGGGAAAGGCAAAUCCCAACCACACCAACCGGGAGAAUCCAGGAUACUUUGAUGACCAUGUGUACCAGCAACAACAGCUUUCCCGUGCUACGACUGGUCGGCGUACAGGCGGGGGUCUCAGCUUGAAGAAGCUACUUGCUUCGAAAGUACUUUACUUGAUGGUUGUUAAUAUGCCGACGGAAGAAGAAUUAGCUCGAGCGCGAACUUUGACUGCUGGAUGGAGUAUUCAGGGACACCAGCAGGAAUUAUAAUGAUAUUGGUAUAUUCAGCCUGGUCGGGCUUGUCAUUAUUUAAUAUGUUCCAGCCAGUGCGCCAGUGCCUACUGCUCAGCGCAACUGUUCUCUGCGAGAUUUUCAAGUACUACAUUACCUUGUUGACCGGUGGUACCAAGAAAUCAAGUAAAUCGGAC